CCAGGCGCCAGCAAUGCCUAUGGCAACGGUCGUCAUGGAUAAACACGGAGGUGCUUAAAUUUGGUCAAAUUUUCGGUAUUUUCCCGAGAAUUUUGAGAGAAACCGCUAGUGCAGCGAAUGGAAAAGUGAGUCGUUUGAAUUUUCCGCACAAUGCAGGCGCCGACAUGGAAGGUCGACUCGGGAAACCCCUUCAAAGCAACACAGAAGUGGAACACGGCCGUCAACACUUUCCGCGUGGAAAUGCCCGUGAAGAGCCACCGCCACUUCCUCCGCAACUACGAGGACACGUUUUCGGGGGCCGAGGCGGCCGCCUGGUUUUUGGCAAAACUGCAGAGCAACAACCACUUUGAAUACCUGAGCAAGAACCAGGUGAUCGCUCUGCUGGACAAAUUCCUCAAGGCAAAAGUGUUUGAACCGGUGCUGGCCGACAAGUCUAAUGACUUCAAGCCCAACAACACCCUCUACCAGUUUCCCAGCAAGUUGCCUCUGAGGACGGUGCCUCUGCCAAACUUCAGUGCAGCUCCGGUGCUGAAACCGCCGAGUCCCAUGCGUCUGGCCAGAUCGCCUAUGAAGAGAAAAAGUUCUUCAGCGGAGAGUUUGAAUGACCCAAAGGUCUUCCUUGAGGACCUCAAGGCCCAGGCAGCCAAAAGACAGAAAAACGCCCUGGAAACUGAGAAAGUCUGGGAAAAUAUCCUCUUUGGCCGGUUGGAGGCCCUUUUUGAUGGAAAGGACAUUCAGGAAUUGAUCCCACCCAGUUUCAUAAAUGGACUCUGGAUUGCAGAAAAUGCCAACUUCGAACCAUGUGCCUCUAUCAAGGAGUACUUCGAGAAAAACAAAAGGGAUUUUCCCACUUGGGUGCAGUCUGCCAUGAAAAACCUAUCAAAUUGGCCUUCCAUCUCUGGUUUCGGGGCUACGCACACUUACCCUGGAUUUGAGAAAGACGUUCUUGUGGAAAUUGUCAAUUAUUUCAAAGCGUCAGAGCAACCUUUCAUUUCUUGGGAGUUGGCAGAUGUCUUUCGAUAUGCCUACAUCUUUCUUGAAACCCAAGACUGUGACCUUAAAGGAAGUAAAGACUCCCUUUUGUCUCCUUCAUCAGAGUCGUGGACAGAACGGCUUAAAAGCAUCGAGCCCGUCCUCUACGAACCGUCUUCAGAGUCUGAAGAUGAAGCCCCGUGGACUGUCAUCCCCCCUCCGCGCCCUGCAAGCACCAAUCCCUUCCACGAGAGCAUCAAUAUGAGCCAGUUGGCCCAUUACCAACUUCCACCCAACACAUGCUUUGAGACGGCCUUCACCACUGAAAGCCCUACUACCAGGGUUGUCCACACUGGCACCCUCAAGUUCAACCGCGGCAGAAGCAAAAGGAAUAGGAGCCAAUCCUCGGAUAACAUAUUUGACCUAGACCAGUGGCAGUCAACCUCAGGUUCAUCUCGCCUGAGUUGCCUGGAAAGAGACAUGUCCUCCCUGACCGUCGACCGACCCAAGUCGACUAACCCCUUUGAGCCCAGCCACACUCGCAGUCACUCAGGGGGCUAUGUCAACCUGGCCCUGUCAAACUCGAUUGAGGAGAAGGAGCCGCCUUUGGAGGAGCUCAACAUGAGCACCGCCCUGGCCACCAUCAAGGUCCUGGCUAAAAAGGCCAAGCAGAGCAAAAAGCUUGAAGACUCCCUUCAGAGCUGCAACAUGAGUGUCGUCUCCUCCAAAACCACAACAAGCAGAGCUACUUCAGUCUCAAAUGGAUUGAUGAACGCCCAAAACACUAAGGUUGCUAAGAAAAUUUACCAACUCUUGCUUCUGCUGCUGCCGCCGGACAGUCGGAAAAAAUUGUGCUUCCUACUGCAGUACCUGGGCAACCUGGUUUCAAACAAGGACCUGAAAUUCUACCCUGACGUGACCACAAAGGAAUUUGUGAUUCAGUCCUUCUGCGAGUUUGUUCUCGGCCUUCCAGAGGACCAAGGCGGCAUCAACCAAUUCAGCAGGACCCUCUCUUGCAAGGUGGUCACCUUCCUGCUUGAUGAAAGAGACUCCAUUUUGUCUCCUCCGGCUGAUUUGAAAGCAGAAGUUGAGCAACAACUUGCCAAAUUUCAGAACAAAGAGAAGACCCUUCCGCGCCCGUUGCGGGUGAUCAAUUCACGCAACAGUAGCGUAAUUAGUUCGAAGACGCCUGCCCCAAGCCCUCCAAAAGUGACCUUCUGCAGACAAGUGUCAACGCAGCAGUUCGAGCAGCAAAAGUGCUCAGGUUCGCAGAAGGCGCUGCAGGAGCUGCUUGAACUCAUCAUCGGAGACAAGAAAAUGAAGCCGAAGGAAAAGGCCAAACGCCUCCUCACGUUCAAGGACUCGUACCCUCAUAUUUACAUGAAGCGAAUUCCGACCAAGCAGGACGAGGACAAAAUCCUGGGCUUAAAGAAAAAGGCAUCCUCCUUCACCAAGCUCAACUUUCUACGAAUCUGAACUGAUUUCCUUAAGUGCCAAAAUAUUAUGAUAAAUAGAGGAUCUGAAUUAAUUUUAUUGUCUGUUGAAAAAAAUUUGAAUAUUAUCAAUCACUUGGUAUGGUCUAUCUAGAAGAAUUCUUAUUGUAAAUGUGUUUAUUAAAUUUCUUGUGCCUUGGCUAUAAGAAGCAAAAUAAUGCCUUUUGAGUAACUUGUGAUUAAUUUAUGAAACGGAACAUUUUAAUAGGGUUACAAUCUUUAUAGAAAAAGAAUUUUUUUGCUUUGUAUUGUCCAAAACUCCUGAUGUUUACUUUUAAAAAGAAUAACAGUAAAUAUAUUUUCAUUAUUUCUAAAAUAAAA